AUGUCGGCUCGUCGCGCUGCGGCCGCCUCUCGACCGGUAAGUUUACAGUGUGUGUGCUCUCAGCACGACCAGCCCUAUAUGUGGAGGCGCCCCGUCAUACGCACGACGCCCUCCCUCUCGCACCUCCCGGCAUCUAUUCCGGGACCCAUCUUUAGCUGUUCUGUGUUAGGGGUUUGUCAGCUUGUAGAGUGUGACAGUAGUUUGGGGGAGAAGGGUCGCAAAAACGCCGACGGCAUUCGGCGGCGGCGUCGGCGUCGGCGCUGUGCGGUGCGACUUUGUACCAUAAAUCAAAGCCACCCGGGAGACCCCGAGCUCACUAUAUAG